CUGACAAGCGCCGCGCUGCGCCGUCGGAUAUAAAAGCGCCCGGCAGGGUCUGCCAAUGCAUCCACAGCCCGAGCAGCAUCUUGGCAGGCAGCAACUUGUCUUCACCGCACACCAAAGGCCACUCCAGACACUCCCCUCCCGCAACGAUGGCCAACUCCAGCAAAUGGCAAAUGCUAGUCUCGGUGCUGCUGCUGCUCGUCUCCCUCUGCAGCUGGAGCCACGCGGUGCCCAGCAAACGGUCCAGCCGGCUGUGCGGCGACAAGCUGUCCGAGGCCCUGGACAUGAUGUGCCCCAAUGGGUUCAAUGCACGCAUUCCCCACAAGCGCGGCUUACUGGACCUGUUCGAUUACGUGGACCACAUGGCUGAGCCCGGACUGGAUGAUGAUGAUGCGGCGUCUGUGGGUGCGCUCCGGCCCUGGCGGCACAGCUCCCUGAUGACCACCAGGCGCCAAAUGCGCGGCAUCGUGAACGAGUGCUGUGCCAAGCCGUGCAACUACAACGAGAUCCAGGCCUACUGCAAGUGAAGGCGCCCCCGAGCCCCACCCGACACAGCCCCAACCCCACCCAAAGCCUGAAGCUAAACAAAUUGUUACGAUAUUUGAUGUACGUGUAGAUAGAGGAGCGACUCGAAUGAAUAUAUUAUGAUGCUCUCAAGAGCUGUUGCAAGGAAAAGGG